CCCUGUGGAUUCUGCACGUCAGAUCAAAGCGCAAAUGAGAUUUAGUCCUUCCAAAAAUACCAGUACGUUUAUAGUAAGACAACACGUUUCUAGUUGUAAGUGGAUUAUGUCAGUUUAGCUGUGAGGAGAAUGCAGCGCGGCACUUUCGCUUCGGUUAUUGUGGCUAUUUUCAGAUGAUCAACAUUUUGGACAAAGACUGGACUUCAGUAUGGGUCAAAUUCAAAGUGAUAAAGAUAAAGAAGUGGAGCUAUCAGAUAUCCAGCCUCUUUAUACCAGAUUCAUGAGAGAGUGCCCAAGUGGAGCCCUGCAUCUUCAUGAAUUCCGCAAGAUCUUCGGAGUUCAGAGCACAUCGGAAGAUGAGGCUUUGUACAUGGAAACGCUCUUCAAAUCUUUCGACACAAACAGGGAUGAUGUUAUAGACUUUAUGGAAUUUGUAGCAGCUGUCCACCUGGUUCUGAGAGGAAACCUAGAGGACAGAUUGAAAUGGUCUUUUAAAGUCUAUGAUAGAGAUGACAGUGGAAAGUUGGACAAACAAGAGGUCAAACGUAUUAUAAGGAUCAUUUGUCAACUUAAGAAAAACAACAUCAACAUGACACCUAGUGAAAUUUGUGACAGGAUAUUCGAUCUUUUGGAUGAAAACAAAGAUGGUCACAUAUCCCUAUCAGAGUUCAUGGAAGGGGCACAAAAAGAUGCCUGGAUUAUGGACCUCCUAAAACUGGACACUAAUGCACGGGGUUGGUUCAGGGAAAAAUGGGGGAAAGAUUCAUGAGUUUUCAUCCACAAUCUAAGGUCAAGGCCCACGGGCCAAAACCUGCUUGCCCUUUUACAAUCUUUCAAAUGUUGAGGUCUGCAAAUGAGAGAGACCUGGUAUAGAGGUCAGAAAAUAUUUGCCUUCUGUCACGAGCGAAUACGUGCCUCAUCAUACAUUGAUCACAUUGAUGUUCAAACAGUCUGCAUGUGUAAAAGCGGGUUCUGUCACAUUCUCUUCUGAGUGUGGUGAUGAUGCUGGUAUUCUUAUGAAGGAUGGAUAUAAUUACCCAAAAAUUAGUUUAAG